AUGGCGAAGACCAUCAUUUUUGCAUUAUUCAUCGUGUUGGUAUUCUUUCAUCAAUACAAUCAUGUCAAGGCCUUUAAUCCUUCUGGAUGGACCAAUGCCAAAGCCACUUUCUACGGCGGUAGCGACGCUUCCGGAACAAUGGGUGGUGCCUGUGGUUACGGUAACUUGUACUCAAAUGGUUAUGGGACAGCAACUACAGCUUUAAGUACUGCCUUGUUCAACAAUGGUGCCUCUUGUGGGCAAUGCUACAGGAUCAUAUGUGACUACAAAUCAGACCCUCAAUGGUGCAUAAAGGGGCAAUCCGUAACUGUUACUGCUACCAAUUUCUGUCCACCAAAUAAUGAUCUUCCAAACGACAAUGGCGGCUGGUGCAAUCCUCCAUUGGAGCAUUUUGAUAUGUCUCAACCUGCGUGGGAGAAGAUUGGUAUCUAUAAAGGAGGGAUUGUACCUGUUAUCUACCAAAGGGUUCCAUGCAAGAAACAUGGUGGAGUAAGGUUCACCAUUGGUGGGAAUAACUACUUUGAACUGGUCUUAAUACACAAUGUGGGAGGGAGUGGAGCAAUCAAGGUUGCAUGGAUUAAAGGUUCGAAAACCGAUUGGAUGGCGAUGUCGAGGAACUGGGGAGCUAAUUGGCAAUCCAAUGCCUAUCUCAAUGGCCAGUCUCUCUCUUUUAAGGUCACUUCUGAUGAUGGAGAGACCCGUCUCUUCCCAAACAUAGUCCCAUCAAAUUGGAAUUUUGGUCAGACCUUCUCUAGCACAGUACAAUUCUAAGUUCAACUACAGCCUCGGGUGCAAUUUUGCAGAGGCUUGUUCGUUAU